UAUCAGGAUGGCAGAUGAUGUUUUCAGUAUUGGUAGAAAAUUAGAUUCUAUUAUCAAGGCAAAAGAUUUCAACGAGGACAAUGUUACAGAUUUACUCAAAGCCCUACAGUCCCUCCCCAUGUCCCUCGAGAUGCUGCAGAAAACACGUGUUGGAUUAUCAGUGAACACGAUCCGAAAGAGAACCGAGAACCCCGAAUUAGCUUCCCUCACCAAAUCUCUCAUCAAGAGUUGGAAAAAACUUGUACCAGUUCCUAACACCAAACCUAAAGAAAACUUGAAAUCAGAAGAAAAAGUAGCGCCGGUGAAAGAAAUGGAGCCAGCUCUUGCUCUCUCCCCUUCUCCAAAGGAAGAGGAGGAUCUCCCAGAGGGUGCAGAAGAUUUGCAGGACCCAGUCAGGAACAAAUGUAGAGACCUGCUAUACAACGCAAUGAAGAAGAGAAGGGUUGAGGAUGGUGGCGAAGCUAAAGUCAGCGUGUAUCAAGUAGCGUCUGAUAUUGAGAAAUGUAUAUUUCAGGAGAUGAGGGGGACUAAUAUGAAGUAUAAAAACAGGAUCCGAAGCAGAGUGUCUAACUUGGGAGACGAAAAGAAUCCAGAUUUCAUAACCCUGGUUUUAACUGGCGGCGUGUCGGCCGAGAUGGUUGCUAAGAUGGCCCCUGAGGAAAUGGCAAGCCAGAGGAUGCGAGAAAAAAGGAACGAGUACCAGAAGGAAGCGAUAAGAGAGGCGCAGAUAGCAGUAACAAGCGGAACUAAAACCAAUCUCUUGACUUGCGGGAAGUGCAAGAAGAGUGAUGUGCUUUAUAAUCAGCUGCAGACGAGAAGUGCGGAUGAACCCAUGACUACUUUCUGUGUUUGUGAGCACUGUGGUCAUAGAUGGAAGUUCUGUUGAAGUCCUCCAAAACCGACGAAAUAGUCACAAACUACUAUCAGCUAUGUUUCACGCUAUCGGCAAUCAGAUACCUGCACAAACUGCAGACCAAGUCAAAGACGUUAUAUUGUUUUUAUCGAGGAUUCGAUGCCAUUUAGCGUAUUACAUAUUCUUUUAAGUUUUAUCUUGACUGUAUUUAAACUGUAUUUUACACAAUUUAAGAUCAAUUUAAUCUCGCUGAAAUCCUCAUUUAAAACUGUUGCAGUUAAGCCUCAUCCAAUUAAAUUAUUGCAAGCUGAAAGCGCUGUUUCUACUCUAUUUAUAGAAUAUAAAUGUGAAUACGGUAAAUAGUAAUAAUAAUAAUUAGUAAUAAUUAGUAAUAAUAAAUAAAUCGCAGCAUAAUAAAGAACAUAAACUCACUCAGAUAUAAUAAAUUGUGUGCAUUUUUGCACACGUGAGGCAUUUAAAUAACGUCCAGUGUUAUUAUAGCAUGAUGCAGAGUGUGUGGUAUAAUACAGUUUUACAAUUUGAUUGACAGUCAUAUUUAAUCAAACUAAUUUGUUUGAACACUAUUACUAUUAC